GCAAACUGAUGCCGACAACAAUGUCGAAGGUAAUUUCCUGUACCUCCCAGUGGACCCAACAAUGGAGAACAUGGUGGUUAAAUCGCCGCCUUUCCACGGCCUUUGGGAGUUCUGCAAGUUCGAGGCGAAACUGCAUCAGAGCAGGAUGCAAAAUGCCAGCAUAAAGCUAGUGUCGGAAGCCACAGGCUCCGAGGUGCAGUGGAUACUUAUGGAGACUACGGGCAAUAAUAAUGAGAGAUGGUACCCAAUGGCGUUCACAAUCGGCAAGAUUCAGCAAGAAGUGCGCAUAAUCAUUGAGAUAACCCGACCGAACUACGUCAGCCUGUCCCAGCCAUUGCCUCAUAUUGCUAUCGAUAACAUUCGCAUGGUGGAAUGCUUACCUGAACCACCCGUCAGCAACGGCACGUGUCAUACUGGACAGUUGAAGUGUAAUAUAAAAAAUACACCAUCAUGCAUAAAAUUGAUGCAAGUCUGCGACUUGGCGAAGGAUUGUGACGAUGGCAUUGACGAACAAAGGAAUUGCGAUAAAAUGCCCUUUGGCUCCUAUUGCAACUUUGAACAAGACAACUGCGGUUUUGAGGAUGUGCCUCAACCGAUACUAAAAUGGACACGUCACAGUGGCCCAACACCAACAGACAAAACUGGCCCGAAUUUCGACCACACGUGUGGCCCUCCAGUCUACUACCCAACUCCUACCUUGGCUCUACCACCUUUAUUUCCGACAAGAAUGAAUUACACUCUAUCUCAAUGUGUGGGAUAUUAUUUCUUUGUCAAUAUGAACGUUACCGGUCCUAACAAAGAGAAGGCGGAUUUUGCAUCAACAGCGGUAAUGAAAACUGUAGUUUUUAACCCACCGCCCAAAGUACAUGGGAAUAUGAGUUCGACUUACUAUAACUGUUGCAUGAUCCGAUUUUACUACCAACAAAAUGGACGCAAUUAUGGCUCUUUGAGCGUGGAUCUCGUCGAGUUAACUCCUCGAGGUAACAUCACGACGUCACUUUGGUUCUCCACAAAGGACAAGGGAGAAAAUUGGUACAGAGCCUCCAUAUUCCUUCCCAACGUCACACGAAGAUACUAUUUAGAGUUCAAGACUCGUAUGGGCAUGCGCAUCUACUCAGACUCGGCCAUUGACGACUUCUCGAUGGCUCCGGAAUGUUUCGGUCUUAAUAUAGAUCCCGACGAGUUGGGAGACUACAAUUAUUACGACCCUGUCUUCGAGGAAAAGACUACACCUCAUAGUGCUUUCGCUGAUAAAAUAUUCUACCGUUUCUCGACAUGCGGAGCCACAGGCCGCUUCGGUCCGAACCAGACUAUGUGCGACAUUGCAUACAACAACACUCCCGUGUCUGUCACUGUACUCGAAAAACCGCCUUAUCAAGGGCUCCAAAUGUGGGAGGUACCAGCUGAAGGACUGUACACGAUCAUAGCAACGGGUGCUUCUGGAGGACUUGGAUCAGCGUGGGCCGGCGUGUCCCACGGCGCACAGGCUCGGGCACUGUUUGAACUGCACAAGAGCGAGGUCAUCUAUAUGCUCGUCGGACAACAGGGACAGAACGCUUGUAAGAAGACGUUAUCAGCGCAAGAAAGUCAAGAAUGCUCUCGUAAGGCAUCUAACGAGUCGGUUCAGCUAUACACGAGCAAAACUCACGAAGUUCGCAACACGCACGUCUCUGACGGAGGUGGAGGUGGCGGAGGCGGAACCUAUGUCUUCUUGCUGGAUAAAGAAGGUCAAGCAAUUUCCCUACUAGUUGCUGGGGGUGGCGGUGGAAUCUCAGUGGGUAUUUUUCGUGAUGACGGGUCGCAACACGGUCGCGCUCUCACCAAUGCUACACCUGAAUCGGGAUGGAUGUACGGAGAACCAGGUCGCACAUCGGGUGCGGGAGGCGGAUGGCUAUCCCGUCCCGGACCAAUAACUCCCGGGUUUGAGAUAGUCCGUGGCAACGCUGUGAAGGAAGGUGGCGAGGGAGGAAAAGCGUGUGUAGGAGGAGCAGAUGGGGGAUUUGGAGGAGGAGGUGGGGGAUGUUUGAGAGGCGGAGGCGGAGGCGGUUGGCUUGGUGGUAACACAAACGAAGGAGAAGGCAACCAUGGUGGCGGCGGAUGGUCGUACAUCGACAGCACGCGCGCCGUUCGCGAUUUCAGCGAAGUCACUGUAGCGCAACGAACCGGGCCUGGUGAAGUCGUCAUCAUGCCCGCUAUACAUGACUGUGGCUGCGACUACCGCUGCGUGGCACUUAAUGAGUACAGAAGCGACGUACGUUGUUACUGUCCAGCUUCAUGGAGCACCGAUCCACAUGACCCCACCAAGUGUGUCUUGGAAGACGCAUGGCCGCGAAUAUCGUGGGUGUUGAUCAUCAUUCUAUCGGUGACUGUAUUUGUUGGUGCGCUCGCCGUGCUUUGCGUCUGUCUCUAUUUGUAUAACACAUACCAAAAGAAAAAAGAGAACGAGCUCCGUCAAAAGCGUCUCCUAGAACAAGAAGUUCAGCUUCACAGACUCCGUAAUGCUCCCGAGAAUCCACUGGCAAUGGCGUUCAACCCCCACUAUGGCGCUGAGUGUAUUUUGCCUCAAGGAAUCGACGUUAGAGGCCUGCCUCAAGUUUCUAGGGAAAGCCUUAAGCUUGUCAAAGCUUUAGGUCAAGGCGCAUUCGGCGAAGUAUAUCAAGGAUUAUACCGUCACCGCAUUGGCGACACUGUAGAAAUGCCAGUAGCUGUGAAGACUUUGCCCGAACUAUCUACGGGACAAGCGGAGUCAGAUUUCUUGAUGGAGGCAGCCAUUAUGGCCAAGUUCAACCAUCCUAACAUCGUGCACCUUAUUGGUGUUUGUUUUGAUCGACAUCCGAGAUUCAUAGUCCUCGAGCUGUUAGCAGGCGGGGAUUUAAAGAACUUCUUGCGCGAAAGUAGGCCAAAACCAGAACGUGCCAGCGCUCUCACUAUGAAGGAUUUACUUCUGUGCUCACUUGACGUCUGCAAGGGAUGUCGGUAUUUAGAGGCACAACGAUUUAUACACAGGGACAUAGCAGCGCGUAAUUGUUUACUAACGUCACGUGGCCCGGGUCGCGUGGUGAAGAUAGCCGACUUCGGAAUGGCGCGCGACAUCUACCGAUCAGAUUACUACAAGAAGGGCGGCAAGGCCAUGCUGCCGAUCAAGUGGAUGCCGCCAGAGGCUUAUAUAGACGGAGUUUUUACCAUCAAAACUGACGUCUGGUCUUUCGGAGUGCUGCUAUGGGAAGUGUUUUCCCUCGGUGUGAUGCCGUACACCGGCUGCGCCAACCGCGAGGUCAUGGAGAUGGUGUCAGGGGGAGGCCGUCUCGAGAAACCCUAUGGUUGUCCGCAAGAGAUCUACCGGCUGAUGUGUGAAUGCUGGAAUCCGACACCGACUGAGCGACCAGCUUUUGCCCAUAUGUUUGACCGACUCCAGAGGUUCUUACAGGACCCUGAAAUUGUAAGCGCACCUUUACCGGUCGUACGGUCAUUACUCCCUCCACCGUGUGAUAUGACACGGUGCGCCAACGGGCCGCAGCGCGCGCCGGCGUGCGAUGCGUACCUCGUGCCCAACUCGCCGCUGGGGACCCCGCCGCCGACUACUAGCUCAACGGAUCAGCUGGUACUUCAUAGCAUACCGCCGACGGUGGCACCGGACAGCGACCAGGAGGAUUCACCAUAUCCACUUCUUCCGAAAGCAUCACCAGAAUAUGGCAACAUUCCAAUGGGGUCUCGGAGCAGCGUAAGACGCGGCGAAGCUUCGGUUGUUUCCGACGUGGGGACGAGAAAGUUUCUGCCGUCUAACUCCACUGACAGGCUGCUAGACGGUACUUCUGUGGACGAUGACAACUCGGAUACGCCAGAUGAAGACCGACCAGUCAUCUGGGAGACGUCGUUUACAGAAGUUCGUCCCAAAACCAACUCCGUCGACCCUCAGCUGUCAAAUGAUAAUGGACCUACGGUUGACAAGCUAAUAAGUAUAACACCCACAUCGCCCAAACCUCCAGAGAACGCCUUGUCCAAAGCUAUCGAGACAAUAGAAUCAAAGAUAAUCGACAAAACCAAUCUCAAAAACUCUUUAGUACCAGAACGAAAGACGGCACCAAUCGCUUCACCUGAUCCACCACGAAUUAACGCUUGGAACAAAGAUCCACCAAAGCUGAAGCCAAAGCUUCUGCCGCUAGACCCGGCACAGCUGGAACAAAAUCUAAACGCUCUGAAAAAGAACAGUGGAUCAGUAAAUUUAACAACAAUGAACAUUUUACCACCAUAUAUAAACGUCGUUACACCGAACAAAUUAUCAGAGUCAAAGACUAUACAGAUUGAUCCUAAGAAAGCAGUUAUACAUGAUUUGCAAUCGCCUAAAGAAAAUGAUGUAAAAGAAGAGAAAGGAAAGUUAAAACAGUCAAAUUCUGCGGCAAGUUUGCUAAACGGACCUAUGACAGAUGUGCCGUACGCUGACAGUGACAACGCAUCGUCAAGUUCUGGUAGCAACGCUCAAAAUUUAAUUAAUAAUAAAAAAAAUAAAACAAACUACGCCGAAAUUGUUGUAGGCGACCGUGGUAAAAUUAUAAAACAGGGUAGCAAUGGAAAGGACUCCGAGAUUAGCUGUUAA